CGUGGUUUUGGUUCUGCCACUGCAAUCACGAUGUAUCUACUCCUUGCCGUUGCUGGCCUCGCCAGCCUGUAUUUUGUUCGUUUAUUGUUUUCUCGCACAUCCCACAUCCUGCCACCAGGCCCGAAGCCACUGCCAAUAAUUGGCAAUGUGCGCGAUAUGCCCGCGGCGGGCUCUCCAGACUGGCUGCACUGGCUAGAGCACAAAGAGCUAUAUGGACCUAUAAGCACGGUGUCUGUUCUUGGCCAGCGCCUGAUCAUCCUCAACGAUGCCCGUCUUGCAUUUGACCUGCUAGAGAAGAAGUCCUUGAUAUACUCGGACCGUCCUAAACUGCCGUUUGCCGCUCUAUGCGGGCUGGAUGGCACGUUGUUAAUGCAACGGUACGGAAAACGCCUGAAAGCCUACCGCAAGUACAUACACCAUGAUUUGGGAUCCAGCACCAGCGUUUCGCGGUUUAACAAAACCCAAGAGACCGAGGUCCGUCGCUUUCUGGUCUGCCUGCUGGAUGUACCGCAGCGUUUACCUCAGCAUGCGAGGAAGCUCGCCGGAGCGUUGACUCUCAAGUUCCUGUAUGGCUAUCACAUGGACUAUACCGCGCCAGAUCCGCUUCUGGACUUCAUUGAGAGAACUAUGGAAAAGGUUCUUGCUGCGCUCGUCCCAGGGACAUGGUUAGUAGAUGCCGUGCCGAUAUUGCGACACGUCCCUCCGUGGUUCCCAGGCGCUGGCUUUCGCCGAGUCGCGCAAGUACUCUGGCAAGACCUCCAGUCGAUGGCAGAUGUUCCUUAUAAAUUCGUGCAAGAACGAAUCAACGCGCAGAGCGCCGAGACUUCGUACGUGGCUAAUCUGCUGAAAGAGAACGACAUACCUUCUGGGUCCACGCAAGAGACCGACGUCAAGUGGACCGCCCUGUCACUGUAUUUUGGAGGUGCUGACACGUCCGUUUCAACAAUUUCAUCAUUCUACCUAGCAAUGGCUCUAUAUCCAGACGUGCAACAACGCGCCCAGGAAGAAAUCGACCGAGUAAUUGGCCGAAACCGACUGCCUGGAUACGAGGACCGCGAUAAUCUGCCCUACACCAAUGCAAUAGUCAAAGAGGCCCUUCGAUGGCAUCCCGUCACACCGAUGGGCGUAGCGCACAGCUUAAUGGAGGACGAUGUCUGCGAUGGCUAUCACAUCCCGAAAGGAUCCAUCAUCAUGCCGAAUAUCUGGGCAUUCUGCCACGACCCAAAAGAUUAUAAAGAUCCAAUGAGCUUUAACCCGGAGCGUUUCCUCGGCGAUACCCCCGAGCGAGAUCCGCAUUCGCUGGUCUUUGGUUUCGGGCGUCGUAUCUGCCCUGGUCGGAUCCUUGCGGACUCGAAUAUAUACCUAACUAUUAGUAUGUCUCUGGCGGCCUUUAAUAUCGGCAGGGCGGUCCGUGACGGUAAGGAGGUGGAUAUUCAACCGCGCUUUUCACCGGGCAUGAUUAGCCACCCGGCGCCGUUUGAGGUAGGUAUCAAGCCGAGGGAUUCAAAGUAUGAGGAGAUAGUCCGGUCUGUGAAGGAUGGGCUUCAGUGGGAGACGAGAGAUGCAGAUAUUGUCCGUGGGAUGCUUUAGUUUAUUUAAUAUAGACUGGGACUUGAUAUGAGAUAAGUAUAUAAGAUUCUUGAGUACAGGGGAGUUUAUUCUAGGAUUAUACCCUAGGUAAGUUGGUAAUUACAAAGACUGGGUAGCUUUACUCUUAAAUAAGUUAAUGUUCACUAUAUAAUAGGUCGGCGGACAUAUAAUAAUGCAC